AGCCUGUGAGUGCAUCCAGACACGUUAAGAAUUCCUGCCCCAAUUACAAUGAUGAUAUUUCUAUUGUCGCUCAUAGCGGUGGCCGCCGCGGCACCGCAGGUGCAGCAAGGGCAGCAGUCAAAUAACCAAAUCCCAAUAAUACGCCAAGAGUCUGAGGGCCCCAACGUAGAUGGCUCAUAUAAAUGGUUAUACGAAACGGGGAACGAAAUAAACGCCGAAGAGUCAGGUUACGUAAAGAACUUUGGCAAAGGGGAAGGUGAGGAAGUGCAAGUGGCUGAAGGAAAGUUUAGCUACAAGUCUCCGGAGGGAGACCUCAUCGCGCUCACCUACAUCGCUGAUGAGAACGGAUUUCAACCACAAGGGGAACAUCUUCCGACUCCGCCCCCAAUCCCACCGGCAAUUCAGAAGGCUUUGGAGUAUUUGAAGACGUUACCUCCCAGUGCAGACGGUGCCUCAACAAAUAUACAGCCUCAAUAUCAACCUUCCCCGUUCAAGCCGCGGGGAAGAUUUUAACUAUAUCUACUAUGCAUGCGAAAAUUAAAAUUGUCAUUAUUUUUCAGUAAUACUCUGUGAAUUUCAAAAGAAAAAUUAGGUAAUGCCGUUUGAUGG